AUGGAGAAGCUUAAUCACAAAGAACUCCGAUUCCAUUCCAAUGAGCACCAAGUGAGUUACAUGUAUCUGAUAAACAAAAUGCUGCUGAAAAUCGAAAAUACCCUACUUCGAAGCCAUCGUCAACGUGAGACAACAGGAAUAAAGGAGCUGUACAAUUCCUUUUUCGUGUUAUUUUAA